CUAUUUACGCGCUUUUGAAUAAACAUUUGGCUAUGUAAAACACUUUAGGGUUAAAAACGCCAAUGAAAAUGCUGUUAAUUCGGACAGCAGCUCCUACAAAUUGAAUUAUUUGUGUUUUGGGGGUUUUAUUACCACCUUUCACCUGACAAUGAUGCAAUUUUGAGUACUGAGAACAAUUCUAAAUAUCAAUAGUCAGCCUUGACGCCAGUGAGCUUUCCGUGGACGUUUUUAAUCAACGAAUUUGUUAAACUAUUCUCUGGUUUAGUUUGUUUAGUGCUAGGACUAGAAUUUCUUCGUUUUGAAGCGCGUAUUCUCGCUUAACAAAUGCAACCAGCCUGAAUUAUCAACACAAAAGCACUAACAUUAUUGAUAGUUUCUUUCGAAAAAUCACCGCUUCCUUUGUACUGGACAAAAAACCAUCUUGUACUCUGGCUGAAUAAGACCUACAGGCAAACUCUCGAAAAAAGAAAAACAAAAACUCGUCAAAUUUCUUGUCCCGUUUGAAAACAAAAGAGUAAAGGUGCAGAACAUUUCCUGGGAAUUUAUGCUAUUCGUGAACAGAAAGUUCUCUUCAUAAAGAACCAGUGUUCAAGAGUCAAGAGAACUGAAGCACUAAGGAAAAUUAUUCAAUCAUGUGGGGACUUCUAGUGUUUGUUUUUGCUAGUUUAUUCCAUCUCUCUGAGCCAUUCUCUCCCUUCACAUACAUGGAUAAGUAUUUAAAAGGAUCGCAAUUGAGAGUCAUACAAGUGGAAGAUUGGUAUGAAUGUAUCAAACAAUGUCAAGAAGAACUUCUUUGUAUAUCGUAUAAUUUUGACAACAAGAGCGAAUGUCAGUUAAACGGACAUGGCGUAGAGAAACGAUGUCAGGCUGAAGACGAGUUGACAAGCAGUGCUGGAUGGAUUUAUCACCAGAUAAGGGAAGUGACGAGAAAGACAACGAGGGGAAAAAACCAAGGUUCGUGUCCGUGUAACUGUGGUGUAAGCAAACAGUGCUAUGUGGAACCAGAAUAUGGGGAUGUUCCGGAGAAAGCAGGAAGUUCGUGUCAGGAUAUACUAAACAGACGAGGGUCUGUCCCAGACCGCGCAUACUACCUGAUGGGAGCAACUAAACCUGUUUACUGUCACAUGACAAGCAUUUCCGGUUGUGGAGACGUAGGGGGCUGGACACUAGUCAUGAAGAUCAAUGGCUCAAAGUCAACCUUCAGAUACAAUUCCCAGUACUGGACUUCAAAGAUGCCAAGUAAAAAAGAAUACCAACCUGAAAAUGGAGCAAAUCUCGACGAAAAAGAGACUAAAUUGGCGACCUUCUCAAGCAUUGCUUUCCAAAACAUUUGCGUGGGAAUGAAACUAGUCAAUUUCUCAUCGAUUCGAUGGCUCAACAAGAAGAUAUCGUCGGGAAAAUCUAUGAUGACAAUUGCGGAAAGUGGGUAUGUGACGUUUGGGUAUGACGAAGCAAAGUGGUUAAAACUUUUGCCUGGAUCAAAGCUGGACAAUGGCACGAAGAGAGAUGGCUUUAAUGUACGACCAUCAAGCGGAGACGGAGCGCGCGUUCGCAUAGGAAUCAUUGCUUAUCCUAAAUCAGAUAAUGCGGGCGUUCCCAUCUCGUAUAUUGGAUUUGGCGCAGGCGGUGAUGCUGCAGCCUCGAAGCACAUGGGUCGACUCUCAUGUGGGAAUGUCAACGGCAUGCACUAUAUCCCAGCUUUUGGUUAUAUAUUCGUCAAGUGAAUGAGGUCAAACACAGCUUACUGAAACAAUGCUUUGAAUGAGCAUAGCAAGAGUUUAAAAGGUUUGAUAAAAUGUUCAUAAGCACCGAAAUGGAGAUUCAAUAGUAGUUAUAUGUAGUCCCUUUACUUAAAAUGAAUKCGAAUGAAAUAUUUUAUGCCAUUGUAAUUCAGGAUGAAAAUGGUUUUCAUUUGAAUGCGAAGGGAGGGUCCUAGAUACUGAAUUAAUGAUACGUAACGUCAUAAUCUCUUACGAAGAGUACUAUUAUUAAUAUAAUAAGCGACAAAAAAGAGCGACUGAUCUCUUUCAUCGCCAUCAAGCUAGGAUCUAGCUUCUAUUCAAGUAAAGCAAUGAGAAAAGUUUGUACAAAUAUGCCAAACUAGAGCAGUUUUUGUAUGACUGUGAAAAGCUCAGGGUCGUAAGCGUGACGUGCCGUGACCUUGGUGCUUUCUAGAUUUUUAAUUGGCUGAUUUUUUUCACGCGCAAUAUGAUUAGUUUUGCAUU